UCCCAUAUUUUCAACACAUGGUAGGAACUGAAAGCCAUCUUUGUUUGAGGAGGCACCAUUUACACAGCGGACCAUGUGAGUCUACGACAGCCAAUCAGAAGGCAGACAGCGCAGAGUAUCGGCCAAUCAGAGGCUGCGCCUGGAGGGGAAGCGCGUUGUUCAAAAACCAGACUGAGUCGGUAAAAAUAUCUCAGCUGAGAGUCUCAGACUCACAACCAGCAACGGGCUGUAGACCUCUGUUAGCUACUCAGUUACAAGCGAUUUAGUCGAGAUUUAACUUAAUAUUUAUGAUUUUAGUCAGACUACAGAUAUUUAGAUUUACUGUGGCACCACAAGAAUAACAUUUAGCUACAGAAAUCAGUCGUUCAUCGUCAGUUUCGACACUCGGGGUGAACAUGGCACUAUUGUUGUCCUCCCCGUGUGGAUUCCGCUCAGAUGAGGACGAGGAUAUGGCUGUGUUUGAGUCCACUGCAGCAGAGCAUGGUUUCACCAGACCACGUCUACCUGAAAUCUCUGUGAUUUCCCCUGGCCUGGAACCCAGGCCAUCGAUUACAGAACCGAAACUGGCCGUGAAACCCUCAGUGGUGAGACAAGGAAGCCAUGAUCAGGGGAACAGUGAAAAGGUGAAGGUUUAUCUGCGGAUUCGUCCACUGACUGAAGUGGAGAAAGAGAGAGGAGAAGAACAAGGCUCUGUUGCUGUUCAAGAUGAAGAGACACUACUCCUCAAAGCUCCAAAGGACUCUCAGAACAUGAAGAAUGCAGAGAGGGGAAUUACCCAGAGCUUGCACAAGUUUAGUUUCUCAAAGAUAUUUGGGCCUGAAACCACACAGCAGCAGUUUUAUGAGUGUACGAUGAAAACUAUGGUAAAAGAUGUGCUUCAAGGAGAAAACAGACUCCUCUACACUUACGGUGUCACCAACUCUGGAAAGACUUACACUGUUCAGGGCAGCGGUCGUGAAGCUGGCCUGGUGCCUCGGGCUUUGGUGUCUAUGUUCAGGAAACUGCAGGGUCGCCUGUACGGUGCCAUGGACCUGAAGCCUGUCAUGUAUCAGGAUGUACGACAUUUGGAGCCUGGUGAGGUCAGGGCAGAGGAAAUCCGCAGAAACUCUCUGCUCAAGGAGGAUGAACACCAGACUUCUCGCCGAGGUGGAACCACUUCAGUCUGGGACAGUGGCAUUGCAGGAUUGUCCUCUACUACUCAUAUUGCCACCCAACUUGAAGAUACUGACAGUGUGUGCCUGGAGCCUGACAGCCUCUCCCACAGUGGAGGGGAUGACCUGGAGGAGGGGGUGCAGUUUUCUAUCUGGGUAUCCUUCUAUGAGAUCUACAAUGAGUUCCUUUAUGACUUACUGGAUGCUUCACCAUCGCUGCAGCCCAGAAAAAGGGCCACUCUGCGGCUGAGUGACGACAAGCAGGGCAAUCCCUACGUGAAAGACCUGACCUGGAUUCAGGUCCGCAGUGCUGAGGAAGCGUGGAGGAUUUUGAGAGCUGGACGCCGUAACCAGAGCUUCGCCAGCACUCAUCUUAACCAGAACUCUAGCCGCAGCCAUUGCAUUUUCUCUGUCCGAGUCCUACACAUCCGCCCAGAGGCAGAUUCAGGCCAACCCAUGCACAUCAGCGAACUGACUGUGUGUGAUCUGGCUGGGUCAGAACGGUGUAAAGAGCAACGCAACGGUGAAAGGAUGAAGGAGGCCAACAACAUCAACACCUCCCUUCUAACACUGGGACGCUGUAUUGCUGCUCUGAGGCACAAUCAGAACAACAAGUCACGUCCUCCUCAAGUAGUGCCUUUCAGGGACAGUAAAUUAACCCGGGUACUGCAGGGCUUCUUCUGUGGCCGAGGCAUCUCCAGCAUGGUGGUCAACAUCAACCCGUGUGCCUCCAUCUACGACGAGACCCUCCAAGCCCUCAAAUUCUCUGCAAUUGCGACUCAAUUGGUGCACGGCCCAUCCACAAAGACUCGAGUGGCCUACAUCCUGUCUCUGCUGCGAGAACCAGCAGCGCAUGGCAACGAAAGCACUGUGAUUGAGGAGGAUGAGGAAGACAGCGAUGGUGAAGAGGGAGAUAUGACCAUGUUAAAUAAUGAGGCUUUGCUUCGGGCCAUAGAUAUUCUGAAAAGAGAGGUGCAGCGCCAGUGGGAGGAGAAAGAGGUUCUGGAGGCAAAUGUGAGGGAGCAAGUGGUCUCUGAGAUGAUGGAGAUCAUCUCUGGAAUGCAAGAUGGUUUCAGUGAGACUCUGGAGGCAGAGAGAGCUCUGAUUGAAGAGAGAUACGAGGACAAAAUCUCCAGCCUGCAGAAACAUUUGAAGCUCUUUUACAGCCAGGAGCUGAAGGAGCGUGAUCAGGAGAUUGAGGCUUUGACUGCAGCGUUAGAAAAAAAGAAAGCCGCUGAGCAGAACUCCUCAGUGUCAGAGGUUGACUGUGAAGGGCCUCGACGCUCUCACCGCCUUAACCCUCAGGCGGAAGUCGGCAGGCUGCGAGCUGAACUGGACCAGUGUCGAGCUGAGCUGCUUGCCAAGACACAAGAGCUGACAAAGUUAAAGAUGCAGCUGGAGAUCCCAGGUCCAACAGGAGCACUGACUGGUGCUGCCGACCGCAAACUGCAGGAGGGUCAGCGGAACCUGCGUCAGCUGCGUCUGGAUCUGCAGAGGCUGGGGGUGGAUCUGCAGUCUGGGGAAAGGGCCUGUUGCCGCAACACGGGAGGGGAACGGCUACGCCAGGCGCUGACGGCUGCAGACGAGACACUGGCCAAACAGGACCAGGUCCUGGUGGAGCUCCAGAACAGCCUGACGCUGGUCAAGGCUGACUUGAGGCGAAAAGCAGAGACCCUGGCCCAGACCCAGUCCGCCCGGCCCCUGCUGCCCCCCUCUGAAUACCCCUCCUCAGCAACACUGCACUCCUGCAAAAAGAGAGGCUGCGCGGCUGCAGCUGCAAGUGACAAUGAAAACCGGCCUCCACAAAAACGGCCCUUCUUCCAGUCUCUGUUCCCAACGCGCACUCCGACACGGAAAUACAACACACGCACUGCUGAAGAGGCAAACGUUACCCCUUACUCGCAAAUCUUACGGUCUCGGCAGCAUUCUCCACCUCCCAGCCCGGUCCUCACCCCUCGCAGCCUCAGGGGGAAAUACUGAACUGUUUUUCUUAAACGCUUUAAUUUGUUUUUAUAUUUUUAUCUUUCAAACAUGGUUAUAAAUGCUUGAAACUUUAUAGCAUUAUAUACACUAUUUCUAUUUGUGUAUAUUCACUUUUUACAGUGUAACUCAUCUGCUGUUAAGCCAAAUACAGUUAUGACUUUCAAGCCAGUAAAUCAGUUUGCUUAUAUAAUGCUUUAUAUAUAUAAAACUAGGGUGUGCGAUACUCGCUUAGAUCAGCAAGUAAUGUAAAACUGUACAGCUCCAGAAAUGCACACGUGUUUAUUCAACUGCCUCUGCAAGUGAUUUUUUUUUAAUGUUCUUUAAAUACACUGUUUGCAGUAAUUAAAGUCCUUUGCACAGA